ACUUACCUCUUAUUCUUAACCUAACACCUCUUUUCCUUUCCAAAUCAAAUACCUUUUCUUCCUCGAUCAUGUCGAACUUCAAGAGCAAGUACCAUGAUGAACUUAUUGCCAAUGCUGCCUACAUCGGCACACCCGGAAAGGGUAUUCUUGCUGCUGAUGAGUCAACUGGAACAAUCGGUAAGCGUCUAGCCAGCAUCAAUGUCGAGAACGUCGAAACCAACAGGCGUGCUCUUCGUGAGCUUCUUUUCACUGCCCCCAAUGUCCUUCAGUAUCUCAGUGGAGUUAUUCUCUUUGAGGAGACCCUCUACCAGAGCACAGCUGCAGGCAAGCCUUUCGUCGAUGUCUUGAACGAAGCUGGUGUUCUUCCCGGUAUCAAGGUUGACAAGGGUACCGUUGAGCUCGCCGGAACUGACGGAGAAACCACCACUCAGGGUCUAGACGGCCUUGGUGCACGAUGUGCCAAGUACUACGAAGCUGGUGCACGUUUUGCUAAAUGGCGUGCCGUCCUCAAAAUCGGCCCCAACGAACCAUCUGAGCAUUCUAUCCAUGAGAAUGCAUAUGGUUUGGCCCGAUACGCCGUCAUAUGCCAAGAGAACGGACUUGUUCCUAUUGUCGAGCCUGAGAUCCUUGUUGACGGAUCUCACGACAUUCACAAGUGUGCCGCCAUCACCGAGCGUGUCCUUGCAGCAACCUACAAGGCCUUGAGUGACCACCAUGUCCUCCUCGAAGGAACUCUCUUGAAGCCUAACAUGGUGACACCAGGAUCCGAUUCACCAAAGGUUGCACCCGAGGUUGUUGCUGAGCACACCGUUAGAGCCUUGCAGCGAACCGUACCUGCCGCAGUUCCCGCCGUCGUCUUCUUGUCUGGUGGACAGAGCGAGGAAGAGGCCACUGUCAACCUCAAUGCCAUCAACCAAGUGAAGGGUAAGAAGCCAUGGACACUUUCUUUCUCCUUUGGAAGGGCACUUCAACAGAGUACCCUUAAGGCAUGGUCUGGAAAAGAAGAGAAUGUGAAGAAUGCACAAGAUGCUUUGUUGACAAGGGCUAAGGCUAAUUCAGAAGCUACUCUUGGAACUUACAAGGGUAACUCUCAACUUGGUGAAGGUGCCUCAGAGAGUCUCCAUGUUAAGGACUACAAGUAUUGAUCAAAGUUGGUGUAUCCCUUAAAGAGGGUAGGUUUGGCAUUUAAGGGUAUAACAACUGAACAUUGUGAGGGUUGAAUUUUCUUGUUAUUGAGUAUUGUGGAAUAAUUGCUUGGAGUUUUUCUUUUUGUUUUCUCUCUGUUUGUUUGAUCAUAGCUUUAGUCUAUUUGGUCAAAACCCGAGCAAAAGGGUGGACAUAAGACACUAUUCUAAGUCAGGUUAUUUGUUUAUUUUGCACUUAUCUUUGUUGCGGUAUUUUUAUUUUUACUCUCU